AUGGGCGAAAGCAGUUUAGCAACAGACUCAUCUUUCAAUAAAGAGCUGGAACCUGGCGUGAUCAGCAAUGAAAUGCUGACCAAAGCAAUUUUAGAACAGGGCCACAAAGGAGAAGCGGGACGAUUGGCCCAGUUGAAUCAGCUACACUUGGAAACAGUUACCGUGAUAAGGCUGGAGUUUCAAAGUAAGCAAAAACAAUGCCUUAAUCACAGCACUUACUUAACUGAAGCAAUUCCACUUGCAGACAUUUUGAAAAUCGACCACCUGUGGGUUAUGAAAAAUUUGGAAGUUUUAUCGUUAUCGUUUAACAAAAUUGAUAAAAUUGAAAAUCUUUCGCGGCUGCCCAAGUUGAAAGAAUUGAAUCUUUCGUUUAACUUUAUCGAAAAAAUCGAAAACCUGGACAAGCUGGAAAAUUUAAGAAUUUUGUCCCUAUACGGUAACCGUAUUAAACGGAUCGAAAACAUCGACAAGCUAGAGCGUUUGGUAAUACUAAGUGUUGGACGUAAUACCAUCAACACGCUGGAUGGGUUGGAGCGUUUGAGAUUUUUAAAAGAUCUGCGAUCGCUCAACCUGGCGGAAAAUCCAAUUGCACAGGAUACAGCGAAGCCUUUACGAUUGUAUCUGGCAACUUUGCUGCCCCAGCUCAAAUACUACGAAUACGUGCUGAUAAGACCAGUAGAGCGCGACGCUGGAAAGGAAAAAUUUCAACGAGAGUUGAUUGACAUUUUGGAGCGUGAAAGAAUCGAGAUCAUAGAACGUACGAAUGCCGCCAAGGAGCGUGAUGACGAAAUACGGCUGUCGAAAAGUUUUGUAGAGCAUUUGAAUGGUCAUCAGUUGUUUGAAUCGCUCUUCCAAGGAGAUCCGGAAGGGGCUGCCUUACUUAGCAUUGGAGCUGAAGCGAUAGACUUAAAGAAUGACUAUCGAAACGAAGCCUACUCCUUUACACAGAAUAUAUACAAGAUGGGCUUGGAGCAGCAGGACAAACGGCAAGCAGAAAUUGAACUGUACAAUAGAUGCAUACGGGAUGAACGGAAGAAGGCACAGUUAAUGGGACAAAAGAUCAUCAACAAUUUCCUAGAAUCGUUCAAGAAUUUAUACAAACUAGCAAAGGAAAUUGUGGCCGGAUUGAAAGGUCGAGAUUUAAACAGCAAAACCUACAAUGCCGAAACGGAAAAGCUGCUCGAUGAUCUAAAUUUGUGUAAAAGUGGCUUCAAUUCACUGUUUGAGGACACCUGGCACACCCUGAUGGGUAUCGAGAUGCAGCUUUUCGAAAGAACCGAGGAAGGAAAUUCUACGUUUGAAAAUACUAUAAAAGAAAUGACCAACGAAUUCAUUGAGAUGGCACAGGGCCAGUUUGUGCUGUUGCGAGAGGCGGAGAUAAAUUUUAGUGAUGCGCUCGUGGACACCGUGCAGCAAUUCGUUACGUUCAAGGCAGCUUCAGGCCAGGCGGAUCAAUUACCCGACGCCCUGAAGGAGUCAUUGGAUGAUAAAGACGUCAUUAGCAAUAUGGCGGCGGGCAUGCGUGAUCAACACAUGCAGCAGAUCGAUGCUCGGGAAGAUAAACUAAUCACCCGAAGCCGUAACUGGGUCAAAGAACUGUGCGAUGAUCUUCAAAACUCCGAAAUCAAACGAAACAGAGCCAAAGUGCUAGAGAUCACUUACUUUUUGGACCAACAUCGUCAAUCUUUUAUGAGCGCAUUGGACGAAGUAGCAAGCAAGCUGGAAGUGUAG